AUGAACAUUGGAAAAUCUGGUAAAUCAUUAAAAAAAUGUGUGGACUAUUCCUUAUAUCUAGUGACGGAUGAUAAGUUUUUGAAAGAUAAAGAAAAUGUAUGCAGAACAUUUGUUAAUAAAAUAAUACAGGGUGUUUUAGGAGGGGUGGGGUUAAUACAAUUAAGAUUAAAAAAAUCAGAUGAUAUAUAUUUUUAUAAUACUGCAGUGAAAAUGAAAAAGUUAUUAUUACCUUUUAAUGUUCCUCUUAUUAUAAACAAUAGAUUAGAUAUAUGUUUAUCUGUUAAUGCUGAUGGAGUUCAUUUAGGGAAAAGUGAUUUACCUUUAUAUCAUGCUAGAAAUAUAUUAGGCGAAAAUAAAAUUAUAGGUGCUACUAUAAAUUUUAGUGAUGAAAAAGAUAUAGAAAUGUGUAUCAAUAAUAGAAUAGACUAUAUAGCACAUGAUCAUACUUUAUAUGAAUCAACAACGAAAAAAACAAUCGUAUCCAAUGAACAGGGUUUAAAAGAACAAAUACAAAUUCUUGAAAAUAAAAUAAAAUAUCUUUAUCAUAAAGGGAAAAUUAUAAAAAGUCAUAAUAAUACUGAUAUUAAUUUUAAAAAUAUAAUCCCACCAAUUAUAUUAAUAGGUGGAAUAAAUACAAAUAAUAUACAAAAUACAAUGAUAUCCUUUUCUAACACAUGUGAAGGUCUAGCUGUUGUGUCAUGCAUACUUGAUGAAAAUUCCCCUUCAUUUGUUAAUACUUUAAAAUUAAAAUAUAUAAUAGAUAAAUAUAAAAAAAGUGAUCACGUUGCUUUUAUUAAUAUGUAUAGCAGUUGUUUAAAUUAUUUAUAUUAUCAGCAUAUAGAUAUAGAAGAACAGUUAAAUUUACCUGUAAUUUUUCAUUCAACAAAACAAAAUAUGAAUACAUUCCUUGUUACAAAUAUGAUGUUAGAUAAAAAUAAAUCAUUUUGCAUACCUUUUAAAAAUAACGACUAUUUUGAUAUUAUAUCUUUAAAUGAAUUUUUUAAAAAUUAUGAAAAGGCAAAUCUUUUUCUUUUUCAUUCGUCGUAUGAUUUGUUUUUAAACAAUAAUAAUAAAAUUGAUAACACUAUAAAUGGUAUAUUAAAUAAAGGGAAACAUGAUGAUCAUUUAUAUGAGAAUAUAAACGAGCAAAUUAUUAAAAGGAUUAUUCAAUUAAAAGAUAUAAAAAAAGAACACAUGGGACAUAAUAUAUUUAUACUUAUUGGUGAAGAAAUAUGGGAUCUAUUCAACAAACAUGUUUAUCCACAAUUUUUUAAUUCGAAUUUUUUUUUUAUUAUAAAGAAGCAUUCAACUAUCCAAUCUACCAUGUCUGAACAAUGGUUAUAUUAUGAUACACAAAAUGCAUGUAUACAAUAUAACCGUAAUAUUAUUAAUAUUUUUUUAAAAAACGCACAUUUUUUCUCAGAAGAAAAUAUUAAAAAAUUCAGUUUAUUAAUGUCUUACUUUCUCAUUGUACAAGACAAAAACAUAACCCCACAAUUUUUACAGCAAAUUGGAACCCAAGGGGGAACGAAUUUCCACGAGCAAACAUUAUGGAAAUUUAUAGCAACAGUGGACAUUUCUUUGAAAUUGGUUGAGAAGAGUAUGGGUAUAUAA